GAAACAACAGCUUGAUAUAAAGUGUUCCGGUUCUGAGUUACGGAAACAAAUCUCCUGUAGUUAGCAGUGGUGCCCAAGUUUCACGAGGUGCUAGACCAUCCAUCUUCCCGAGGGGCCCCCUGAACCCCUGCAGCAUGAGUCAGACUUCGCAACCUGAGGGUGUUGACCCCACUGCCCUCAGAGACCGCCUGUUCGAACUGUGGACCUGCAAGGACCUCGAGGGGCUGCGUCUGGAGGCCGCCAAGGGCUUCUCCGAGCUGGACGAGCCCCUGGUGGGACUCCUGGAGGUGCUGGAGAGUUGCCCCGGCCCCCAGAAGGGCAAAUCCUCCACGCUGGGGCAGUUUGUCAUGGGGGAGUUCCUGCGCUGGAGGCCCGGGCGUCCGCGGACCUCCCUGGAGGGGCUGGCGGCCGAGCUGGUGCCCAGGCUGCAGAGGCGGGCGCUGGGCCUGGCGUGUGAGGGGCAGGCCGCCUGCCUGGAGCCCCUGCUGGACAUCUACCAGCUGGGCAGACUGGACAGGACGGAGCUGGUGGAGCACGUAGGACGGUUAUGGGACCGCUGCGCCUACAGGGAGGCUGCAGUGCUUGCAAUGAAACUGGAUCUCCAGGCAGACCUGGAGAUGGAGAAGAUGUGUGUGCCCCUGGUGCUGCUGGACAAGCUGGCCAUGGCCGAGGCCUACGUUAGGGGCAGACCGCACCUGCAGGAGAGGCUGGUCACCAUGCUGGACUCCUGGUGCUCCCAGCAGUUCAGCCUGGACCAGCUGCGCAAGCGGUAUCCUCGUUUGUGCCUUUCUAAACACCAGACAGACCUGAUCCAGCCUAAAAUGGUGAUAAAACAUGUGUUCCGGCUAAUGGAGAAAUUCAACGUUGAUCCAGCCAAGUGCAGUAACUCGGUGCACAAGAGGAAGUUUGACUCUCUCCGCUUCCUCAUGUUCAUGCACUUCAGAGAGGGUAAGAUGUCUGAAGAGAACUGGAGUGAUCAUGUCCAGGCCAUAGUGGAGGGUAGUGUGGAGUUGCAGGUCCACUUGGUGGAGUUGCUGGUCAGACACGGCACCUCGCAGCAGGCGGCAGAGUGGGCUGGCUACUACAGCCUCCCCAAGAACAGGCUACCAUUUGGGGUAUGGGACACCCUCCAGACCCUGCCUCCCUCACAGACUGGUCUUCCACCCGUGUGCUGUCCCUCUCUGGACUCAUGGGAGCCUUCGCCACACCACCGCCAGUGCUACUACCAGCUGCCUGUUGCCAGGGGCAACGUGCACUUCCUGUCCACACUGGAGCAGUUAGAGUCCUGCCAACAAGCUGUCAUGCAGGCUGGCGUGGUGGUGGGUGUUGACAUGGAGUGGCGGGCCGGCUUUGGCACCGUGAGCCAGCAGCGGGUGGCGCUGAUCCAACUGGCCGUGCCCGGGGCCGUGUUCCUGCUGGACCUCUGCGCGUCGGCCUUCAGCCAGGACCCGCAGACCCUCCACUUUGUCCGAGAAUUCCUUGCCCACAAGAACGUUCUCAAACUCGGUUAUGGGAUGUCAGGAGAUCUGAGGAGUCUGGUGGCCACCUGGCCUGAGUUCUCAGAGGAGCCGCUGAAGGUGGAGGGAAUGUUAGAUCUGCUCCACGUACAUCAGAAGAUCCAGAUGAGCCGGCGUGGGUGUGAGGGGGGACCACGGAGCGUGGAGGUGGGUGACGGGGAUGGUCACGGUCGGGGUGGGGCUUCCUCGGAGAAAGGCCUCAGUCUGUUGGUGCAGCAGGUGCUUGGCCGUCCGCUAGACAAGCAGGAGCAGCUCUCCAACUGGGAGCGCCGGCCUCUGCGGCUGGGACAGCUGCGCUACGCAGCGGCUGACGCGUACUGUCUGCUGGACGUGCACUCGGUUCUAAAGGAGAACCAUGCGCGUUUCGGCCUCCCGACGGAUCUGCUCUCCCUAGUACCCGGCCCUUCUGCUGCAGGCAAGAAGAAAGAGGAGAGAACGCCCCGGGACAAGAGCCGAAAGGGACGCAAGAAGACUAAAGACUCUGAACAGGCCUCUGUUGCGGAGCCGCUGUCCCAGCCCCGGGGGCCAAGUCCUGGGGAGGGGGGGCCCGUGGUGGCCCCCCAGGACCUGCGGGUGGUGUGUGACAACAUGCUGCAGGGCCUCGGACGCUACCUCCGCUGCCUGGGGGUCAACACCGUCAUCCUGGAGAAUGUGGAUGACCACAAAGUAGCAGCCAAGCUGGCCCGCGCUGAAGACAGGGUCAUCCUCACGUCCGGCCAGCCGUACCAAACCCUGAAGUCUCAGGUGGCAGAGGGCCGCUGUUUUGCGCUGGACUGCUCGGAGAAGGCGCGGGACCAGGCGGUGCAGGUCCUCAGACACUUCCACGUGCGACUCACCCCGCAGGACAUAUUCAGCCGAUGCCAGGCUUGCAAUAAUGAUGAAUACCUGCGCUUGCCCCAGAAAACCAUGACAACCCUGAUGACAGAGAAAGGCUUGGUGCUGGAGCAGGCUCCCCCCAGCGCGGAGGUCUGGGAUGACCACUACGAGCCUCUGCUCCCCUACAACAGCUGGCGGGGCCCUGAGGCCCCCAGUUUCACGCCGCGCUGCCGCUGGGCCCCCGAGGGCAGCCUGGACGGACAGACUCUGGCCUUCCCGAGCGGCGCCGUGGCCCAGUUGGACACCGUCCCGCCGGGCCUGCUGCCGCGCAUCCCUGAGUUCUUCAUCUGCACUGGCUGCGGCAAGGUGUUCUGGGAAGGGACGCACUUUGACCGCGUGCUCAGCCAGUUCGACGACGUGCUGCACAUCAGCGAGGACGCCGUUGCCACGGCCACCAACAUCGCCACCGCAACGCUGAUUUCCACCACCAACACGGCCGCCACCACUGCCCCCGAUCUGCGGACCUGAACGCUUUACUUCCUGAAGGAAAGUCCUAACUUCCUCUGUGUGGUUACUGCAAACGGAAACCCAGUGCACUCUGGGGCGGAGCCUCCAUCCUGCACCACAGCCCCAGAAUGCACCACAGUCCCAGAAUGCACCACAGCCCCAGAAUACACUAUAAAUACGUUCACAAUCAUAGGUUAACACAUUUCUGCGUGUUGUUCUUUGACACAGUAUUUGUGUGGCAAUAUUACAAUGUAUUUUUUUUUUUUCUAAACGGUUUUGUUGUGUGACAUGAUACAUUUUGUGGAGUACAGCCGUGGGUGACUGGACCGGUCUUAACAAACCGUUUUAUCGAUGGACCUCAUAGGCCACUGCAUUUUUUUUGUACAGUGUUUUUUUUUUUCCGGAUCCACAUGGAAGUGCACCUUAGCUGAAGUUUGUGCCUGUUCUGAUAUAAAUAGAUCAGAGUGUUGAGGGUCUCACACACACACACAUACACAUUUAAUUGGUUGGGUGAUGAGAUUAACAGUGUGAGAAGUCAAAGCGUUUCUUUUCCAUUGCCUUUCCUGCCAAUGUCAUUGGGCAGCCCAAACCACAGUCCACCACACCCCUCACUGUUCCGCUCCGUUCAAACGUUUAUCUCCUGUCUGGCCAAAGCUCUUAGUGCUCCUAUCUGCUCUGCUCAGCUCUGAGUGAGUGUACAUUCAAAUAUCCCCACAGAGGAAAGAGCGACUACUUUUUUAAUAUAACAUAUCGUAACUGGGAAAUCUAUGGCCUGUGUAUUUAUAGCGUCACGUCAUGUGGUCAUUAACUUCUGCGACAUAUUGCCUGGUUUUGGCAAUUCAGUCAAUUGUCAAAUGGAAAUUAGUUUUGUUUUUUUUAAAUAAAUAUAAUUUUAUGAC